CACGUCCAGUACUGACAUAUCUUCUUCUCUUCUAUACAUAUUACCGGAACUAUGUCUUUUGAACCCAGCACCAUCUACCCAUGCAACCCCAACACUGCACGAGGCUCGUCUACGAAGCUCGACGCGACGAAGGGCAAGAUCGCCUACGCGAACGGGCGCACCGUUAUAAUACGCGAUCUCAAUGACCCCAACGCGACGAUCGCAUAUGCCGGUCAUGUACAGAACACCACUGUGGCGCGUAUCUCGCCCUCGGGGUACUACUGCGCCUCUGCGGAUAUCACUGGGACAGUCCGCGUCUGGGACAUCGUCGGUGAGGAUCGCGCGCUUAAAGGAGAGUACAAGGUCAUCGCCGGCCGCGUCAAUGACCUCGAGUGGGACGGUGAAAGCAAGCGCAUCAUCGCAGUCGGAGACGGGAGGGACAAGUUCGGGCAUGCGUUCAUGAUGGACACGGGUACGAGCACUGGGGAGAUCAGCGGGCAUUCGAAGACGAUCAAUGCAGUCGCGAUCCGGCAUCAGCGUCCGUUCCGCGCUGCAACGGCGGCAGACGACGCGCUCAUUGUCUUCCACACCGGCGCACCCUACAAAUACGAGAAGACCAUUAAGACGCACACCAAGUUCGUGCAGGACGUGCGCUACGCGCCCAGCGGCGACCUCUUCGCGAGUGUCGGCUCCGACUCCAAGAUCUUCAUCUACGACGGCAAGACGGGCGAGACCGUCGCCGAGAUCACGGACUCGCCGCACAAGGGCAGCAUCAUGGCGGCAGCAUGGAGUCCGGAUAGCAAGUCGCUGGUGACGUCGUCGGCGGAUUGCACGGUGAAGCUAUGGGAUGUCGAAGCGCGCAAGGCGACGACGACUUGGACGCUGGGAAGCGGUGUCGACCACCAGCAAGUUGGCAACGUCUGGAGCGGCGAGUCUGACAUCGUGUCCCUGUCGAUUUCGGGCGAUCUGAACGUCUUCGACCCUCGUGUUGGCGACAAGCCCACUCGCAUCUUCCAGGCGCCCCAGAAAGCCAUCACCGCCGCCGCCGGGCCCAUCUCCUCCGACACCUUCCUCGCCGGCACCGCCGACGGCCGCGUCUACUCCUACUCUACCUCUUCUAACACCUCCGCCUCCCUCGCCGGCAAGAACCACACCUCCCUCGUCUCCGGUCUUGCCUUCUUCGGCGAUACCCUCGCCUCCGUCGGCUUCGACGACCACGUCCGCGAGAUUGCGUCGAAUGCGCAGGAAUAUGCCCCUGCCGCCACGGCGACGAAGGCGCAGCCCAAGGGCGUCGCAGUUGCUGCUGACGGGACCGUAUUUGUUGCCGAGCUCGACGGGGUGGAAGCAGUGAGGGCGAAUCAGAAGGUCGCGGAGGUGAAGACUAGCUAUGCGCCGAGUGCGGUGGCGGCGGUGGGAAGUGUGGUCGCGGUGGGCGGGGAGGAUCAGAAGGUGAGGCUGCACGAGUGGGAUGGGAAGGUGUUGAAGGAGACGGCGGUGCUAGAGGGGAAUAAGGGGGUUGUGUCGAGCUUGGCGUUCUCGCCGGAUGGGAAGUUGUUGGCAGCUGGGGAUUCCGCUGGUAGGGUUAUUCUGUUCGAUGCUGUCGAGAAGAAGAUGAUCACCGGCCGCUGGUCCUACCACUCUGCACGCGUCAACUCCAUCGCCUGGACAGCCGACUCGAAGCACUGCGCUUCCGGCUCGCUCGACACGCACGUUUACGUCUGGAGCGUAGAGAAGCCGCUGAAGAACAUCGCGAUCAAGAACGCGGGCGCCGGAGGUGUGAACGCGGUCGUCUGGGUGGAUGGAAAGAGCCGGCUGGCGAGCGCAGGCGCAGAUGGGUGCGUGCAUCUUUGGGAGGUGACGUUCCAUGCAUGAAUAUCGAAGGAAAUAUCGUGGAAAGGGAUGUACGGAAGGACUAGAAUUUGUACUAUGCAAUGUACCGGGUCUGUUACACUGCUUGCAAGGUUGGAGUAAACCUGUUUUGCCGACGACACUAUGAUUGUUGUAAAAUAGGUACUCAAAGGCUACUAGGAGGUUCGGCAGAACCGAUGGUACACUCUUGUACUUGAACGGCAAGCAAACAUCGGCGACGUCGUCAG